AUGGAUAUUUUGAAUUUCAUAAAGUUGCUAUCUCUACUCUGCGCACUAAUUGGCCAUGUGAACAGUGUUGAACGAACUAAAGUGGUGAUAAGCACAGACGCUGGAGCAGAUGACGCUUGGGCGUUGUACUACCUUCUGGAAGCUAAGCAGGAAGUGGACAUACUUGCCAUCUGCUGUACGAAAGGCAAUACCAACGUUACAAAUGUGGCCACUAACGUGCUCCGGGUGCUAGACGCAGUCGAGCGUACGGAUGUGCCAGUAUACAUUGGGUCAAAUGAACGAAUACUACUACCGGAACCAUCAAUAAAUUCUGAUGAUAUGUUCUUUGGUGCUGACGGGUUUUCGGAUGUCGUAUUUGAUCGUGAACCGUCGCGUAUUCCAUUGCAGGAGGGAAAACAUGCAUUACACGAGCUGUACAGGUUGAUAGUACAGCAUCCUAACGAAAUAAUCUUUGUAAAUCUAGGCCCUGUGACCGAUCUAGCGCUCCUUUUAAAAGUAUACCCCGAUGUACGUACGCUUCUGAAGGCCAUCUACAUGAUGGGAGGAAAUCGUCACGGCGUCGGUAACACGGAGAGUGCUGCUGAAUUUAACUUCUACAACGAUCCCGAAUCGGCCAGCAUAACCUUCAACGCCUACAAUGGUCCCAUUGUUGUUGUACCAUGGGAAACUGCUCUCCGGUCUAACCUUCUAACAAGCUUGGAAUGGCGCAUGGAUGUACUGGGCAGCAGCAACAAGACCAUUUUCAAUAUACUUAACCAAGUGGAGAGGGUAGCGUUGGAAAAGUUGCCCGAAAAGGACCGCCUCUGGAUGCCUUGCGAUUUGCUGGUAUCGAUGAUUUUGGUGCAUCCUCAUCUGAUCGUUGAAAGCAAAAGAUACACCGGUGACGUAGAGCUUAACGGCCGACUAACCCGCGGUCAAUUGGUUUUAGACCAUAUGAACGAAGGGAAUGGUAAUAUAACAAUUGUAGAUAAUUUAGAUGAAGGUAAAAUGAAACAAUAUUUACUAAGCAUUCGCUAG